AUGAAUAAUGCAAAACAAGUUGUCGAAACGUGGGACAGGCAGUUUCAUUGCUCUCCUUAUGAGCAGCGACUGGCAUUUUUGUAUCUUGCAAAUGAUAUUAUUCAGAAUAGCAGGCGAAAAGGUGCCGAGUUUGUUACAGAGUUUUGGAAGGUUCUUUCUGAUGCUCUCCGUGAAGUAAUUAAACAUGGAGAUGAGUUUGGAAAGAAUGCUGCAUUUCGGCUGAUCAGUAUUUGGGAGGAGAGGAAGGUAUUUGGCUCCAGAGGGCAAAUUCUUAAGGAAGAGUUUGUGAAAAACCAACUCAACAACGAUAAUAAAAAUGGGAAGCAUGUUGGGUUCGAAAUGAAACCAACUGCUAGAAACACAUUGGACAAGUUAGUUUCAGGUUAUCAAGUUGUGUACUGUGGUCAACUGGAUGAAGAUGCUGUUUUGAACAACUGUAGCAAUGGCAUCAGCUCUAUUGAGAAAACAAUCAGGGAUAUUGGAAGUGACUACGGGACAGGGAUGAUGGAGCAAGUGAAGCGUGAAAUCUCGGCGAUGAAGAUGAUGAAGCACCCAAACAUUGUUGAACUUCACGAGCCAUAUCCUAUUCCCCAAUAUAUGCCAACUGCUGGCCUGGUCCCUAAUGUACCAUAUGGCUAUAACACCAGCCAGCACCGGGCACCCCUACCUGGUUAUCCUCCAGUUGGGCCUCCUAUGAAUGGGGUUUCUCCCUUGGGGGUUCAUCCUUCGAGUGCUUACCAAAUGUAUCCAACUGAAGGUGAAAUUCUUGUUAACAAGGGCAGUGUUAAGAGAUUUAUGGAGCUUUAUUCUCCUUUUCCCAUUCGGAGUUCAUUAAGUUCUCUAAGAGUAGUCUGGCAUGCAUACAUAAUUAGGUAUUGUGCAUUGUAG